UCUGUGGUGACCGAUUUCUGUCACUGUGACUUAUUUCCAUUGUCCAAUUAUUAUAGUAAUUGAUUUAAUUAAAUUGACUAAUUAUUCUUACUUUCCUAGUUGGUUUGUCAUUCAUUGCGAAUAGUUUUUACUCCUAUUUCCGGUAAAAGAAAAACAUGGCGAAAAAUACUUCUAGUUCCGCAUUUCGAAAAAUUGAUAUAGAUCAAUACAACGAAGAUAAUUUCAAGGAGGACGAGGCUGAGCAAUCUGUGCCUACCGGACCAGACGAAGGAGAAGUCUGUGCAUUACUGAAUCAAGCUCGUUAUGUUGAAGCUCUGAAACAUGUUUUAGAUAAUGCCCCUCUGGGAUCAUCGGAUCAACAAGUCAAGGACAACGCACUAUCGCUCACUUUAAAAGUAUUAAUUGCAGUAAAAUCAGCGCAAAUCGAGGAGGUUGUUGGGAACUUAUCACUUGAUGAUAUAGACAUUUUAAUGAAAUACAUAUACAGGGGGUUUGAAUAUCCAUCUGAGGGUUCGAGUGGGCACCUUUUACUUUGGCACGAAAAAGCUUUCAAUGUGGGUGGCGCCGGGUCUAUCGUCAGAGUUUUGUCAGACAGAUUGAAAGUGUAAAUGUUUAUUUUAGCAUUAUUUAUACCUAAUUGUAUAUAAUUAUAAUUACUUAUUAAA